AUGAAGGCGGUGGAUCUGUUGACGAAAAGUUUCGAAGAAGGGAAAUACGAGGUCAGGAUGAAUUACUACCCAGCAUGCCCGGAACCUGAGAGAGCAAUAGGCCUGUUGCCACAUGCCGACAUCUUGGGGAUCACCCUAUUGAUGGAGUGCGGCAACAUCCCUAGCCUUCAGGUCCUUAGCAAGGACAACUGCUGGGUCACGGUUCCACCCGUUCCCGGCGGCAUCGUUGCGAAUUUAUGUCAAAUCAUGGAGGUUUACAGCAAUGGCACGUACAGAGCGCCGGAUCAAAGAGCAGUGGUGAACAAAGAGAAGGAGAGGGUGUCCAUAGCAACCUUUUGCUAUCCUAGCCCGUCUCUUCCGGUCGGGCCUUCUCCACAGCUCCUCGCAACCACCGGACUCCCCCCUAUCUAUCAAACCCUCUCGAACUCUGGAGAAUUCCUGCAGUGCUUCUUAAGCCACAAGCUUGAUGAUGCGGUUCCUUUCAUCGACACUCUCAAGCUGUAG